GAUCUUUUUGAUUAUCCAUGAUUUAUUUUGGUUAUUUUGAUGUUUUGAUCAUCCAUGAUUUAUUUUAGUUAUAUAUAUAAAUAGCAACUGAUUACAUAGACAUGUAAAUAAGCCAAAAUAUAAUAAUAUUAAAGUGGUCAUAAAUUGGAUUUUAUUAUUACAAGGUAAGAGGUAUUAAUGUGUUGAUUAAUAUAAAAAAAACACCCAAACACAUACAAUGUUAGACAUAAUUGUGAAUAAUUUAUACACCAAGAAGAAAUUAAGAGAGAGAAGGGGAACCAUAACAAAAAGUCAACAGUAAAUACCAAACUAAAACAACAUGCCAAUCUUGUCUUUGUGAAACCAAAAACUGCAGCAACCCCAUGAAAAAGGUCCCCAUUCGAUACUGAGCAUUUACUAAGGCGAGAUUGUUUAUUAAGUAGUAGUAUUUGUAAAUCACUUUGAUUGUUGAUAGUUUUACGAUUCUAAUUAUUUGAAAAAAAAAAAAAAAUUCCCUAAGAACGCGACAUUAUCAUCUCCUUUCUCUUAAUAUCUCAACUCUUUACGAUCUGUAUUCGUUAAACAAAUUUGAUUUCUUUGGCAAAUUAAAAAUAUUUUUGUAUGGAAAUUAAUUAAAAGUAUAGUUUAUGGAAGGAGGAAAAGAAGAAACUAAGAUAGUGGUAAAAGGACAAUAAUGUCACAUGAACUGAACCAGAUCUAUUCAAGGGGUCCCUCUAAAUUGGUUCUCUCUUGCCCAUAUCUCCAUCAUUCUCAUUAUAACAUUCAAGAUUUCUAUCAUUCUUCAAAAAAAAAUCUUAACAGUACUUUUUGUUUUCUUCCACUAUAACUCUGAGAGCUAUAGCUAUUAGCCUAUUGCAGAAAACCAGUGAAAGAUAGAGAUGAGAAAGAGAGAGAGAGAGAUCAUGCUGAUAAGAAGUUAGGCAAAACUAACUUUCUAUUUAUGUAUAAUUAGGUCAAUCACAUCACCAAUUUAACCUUUUUUCCUCCUCUAAAUCUCCUUCACUUCUCCUCCUCUCCUUCCAAAAUUAGGGUUUGUUGUUUCUCACUUUAUUUCUCAAUUUUCAAAGUCAUCCAAUCUGGAUUCAAGCCAAGAACCCAAUCUUAGCCACACAAUUAAGAGAUCUGACUUCUAAAAGAUGAUGACCAACUUGUCUCUUGCAAGGGAAGGAGAAGCACAAGUAAAGAAGCCCAUAGAAGAAGUUGAGAGAGAGCACAUGUUCGACAAAGUGGUGACUCCAAGCGACGUAGGGAAACUAAACAGACUCGUGAUCCCAAAGCAACACGCAGAGAGAUACUUCCCUCUAGAUUCAUCCUCAAACGAGAAAGGUUUGCUUCUAAACUUUGAAGAUCUAACAGGAAAGUCAUGGAGGUUCCGUUACUCUUACUGGAACAGUAGCCAGAGCUAUGUCAUGACUAAAGGUUGGAGUCGUUUCGUUAAAGACAAGAAGCUUGACGCCGGAGAUAUUGUCUCUUUCCAGAGAUGUGUCGGAGACAGCCGCUUGUUUAUCGAUUGGAGGAGACGACCUAAAGUCCCUGACUAUCCGACAUCGACUGCUCACUUUGCUGCAGGAGCUAUGUUCCCUAGGUUUUACAGUUUUCCGACAGCAACUACUUCGACAUGUUACGAUCUGUACAAUCAUCAGCCGCCACGUCAUCAUCACAUUGGUUACGGUUAUCCACAGAUUCCGAGAGAAUUUGGAUACGGGUAUUUCGUUAGGUCAGUGGACCAGAGAGCGGUGGUGGCUGAUCCGUUGGUGAUCGAAUCUGUGCCGGUGAUGAUGCGCGGAGGAGCUCGAGUUAGUCAGGAGGUUGUUGGAACGGCCGGGAAGAGGCUGAGGCUUUUUGGAGUCGAUAUGGAAUGUGGCGAGAGUGGAGUAACCAACAGUACGGAGGAAGAAUCUUCAUCUUCCGGUGGGAGUUUGCCGCGUGCCGGAGGUGGCGGUGCUUCUUCAUCUUCCUCUUUGUUUCAGCUGAGACUUGGGAGCAGCUGUGAAGAUGAUCACUUCUCUAAGAAAGGAAAGUCUUCAUUGCCUUUUGAUUUGGAUCAAUAAUAAUUGAUGAGAGAUUAGUUGGUAUUAUAAGCUUAAACCACACAUAAUUAUAUAUAUGACAACACACUGCAUUGGUUUCAUUAUAAAUUUAUAGUGAAAUGAUGUACAUGUGUUAUAGUGAUAUACAUUCAUAGUCCAUAUAGAGAAUUUUUAUGGAUUUGAAUAAUCCUUUUGUCAAGUGUUCUUGAAAAAAUUGUUGAUUGUCUAUACAUAUGAAGUACCUCCACCAUUUGUUAGUCCUUUUAUCAUUUUACCCAAUAUAUCAUCUAUCGAUUGAUUAAAUUAUUAAAAUCACAUUUGGCAAAACAUAUCUUAGGUUAUGUAACAAGAUUGCAAGGCUGUUUAUAGUAGAAAAACUGGGUACAACAAAUAAGUGAGAUUUGUAAGAAGAGACAUGAACUAGGAUUGGGAUCAGUGUAAACCCAUAUCUCUUCGGUCAGAAAGUUUCAGAGUUUGAUGGGCUGUCUUAGAAAAAUGAAAUGUCUCUAUAUAGGAUUGCUGCUUUUUGUAUAUAUAUGUGUGUAUCAUUAAUUAUUGUCCCUGCAAUAAAAUUUGUUAUGGGUUUC